AUGGGAAUCCCUUUGACUUCCACGUUGAGCAAUCUUUACUUGAAUGGCCGAUGGUUGUUACCUUCUGCAAGAACAGACAAUCAGGUAACUUUACAUGCCUAUCUCACCAAUAUCUCCCUAACGGCUCAAGAUGACUAUUAUGAAUGGGAAAUAGAUGGGAAAAUUGAGAAUCGCUACAAUACGGGAACUGUUUACACUCUCCUACGGGAACAAUUACCUUUGGUAAACUGGAGCAGGGCCGUUUGGAUUAAAGGGGGGGUUCCUCGGCAAAGUUUCCUCUGUUGGUUGUUUGUGCUUAAUCGAUGUCCCACAAAGGAUAGGAUACUUGGAUGGGGUCUACAAACAGAUCCUAAAUGCUUGUUGUGCGCUAAUCUACCAGAGAGUAGAGACCACUUGCUAUUCGUCUGCGGAUUCAGUUGGUCUAUAUGGAGCCGUGUGGCUUCACGUUCUCAAAAAAUAGCACAUAGGGACUGGGCUUCAACAAUCAGUACCAUGCAAUCUUUAAGAGGACCAAGAGAAAAUACGAGACUGUCUCUCCUUGCCUGGCAAACAACGAUCUACAACAUUUGGACGGAGAGGAACCAAAGACUCCAUCGGAACACUUUCCGAUCGGUUGACACGAUUUUGCAGAUCAUAGACUCAACAAUCCGGAAUAGAAUAUCUGGCUUCAGAGACACAAAUCCUAAUUUGCGCUCUGGCAUGAUGCAAAGAUGGCUAAGGAAUCAUUGA